GAGAGGCUGUCAGGGAGGGUUCGUUGCAGCGCCCGGCAGGGCCGUCGUGGUCGCCUGUGGGUUCCUGCCCUUGGAGCUUUCCGUUGCUGUCUGCCCUCAUGGCCUUUGCGCCCAUGGGGCCUGAGGCCUCGUUCUUCGAGGUUUUGGACCAGCACAGGGCUUCCCUGCUGGCCACCCUGAGGAGAAGCGGUGGGGAGCCUGCGGGCGGGGGGACGCGCCUGGCCUCCAGUUCUGAGGUUCUUGGAUCUAUAGAAAGUGUUAUCCAGGACGUCAUCACAAGCGUGGCAAGGAAUGAGGCACCUGCAUUCACCAUAGACAACAGAUCAAGCUGGGGAAAUAUAAAGUUUGAAGAUUCUGUGGGUCUUCAGAUGGCAUCUCAUUGUACCACGAGAAAAAUCAAAAGCGAUUCACUAAAAUCAGUUAAAAAAUUUGCCCUAAUUCUUAAAAUAUUGUCCAUGAUUUAUAAAUUAGUACAGAGCAACACUUAUGCAACCAAAAGAGACCUAUAUUAUACUGACAGCCAACUCUUCGGUAACCAGACUGUCGUGGACAAUAUUAUCAAUGACAUUUCUUGUAUGUUAAAAAUGCCAAGGAUAAGUCUACAUAUAUUAUCUACAUCAAAAGGUUUAAUCGCUGGCAACUUAAGGUAUCUGGAGGAAGACGGCACCAGAGUGCACUGUACCUGUGGUUCCACAGCUGUUGCUGUGCCAUCUAAUAUUCAAGGAAUUCGAAAUUUAAUUACAGAUGCAAAAUUUCUAUUAAUUGUAGAAAAAGAUGCAACAUUUCAGCGACUCCUGGAUGACAGCUUUUGCAACAGAAUGUCCCCGUGCAUCAUGGUUACGGGAAAGGGGGUACCUGACCUGAACACAAGACUUUUGGUCAAGAAGCUGUGGGAUACAUUUCAUAUUCCUGUUUUCGCUCUUGUCGACGCUGAUCCACAUGGCAUAGAAAUAAUGUGCAUCUACAAGUAUGGAUCUAUGGCGAUGUCUUUUGAGGCCCAUAAUCUCACAGUUCCAGCUAUUAGAUGGCUUGGUCUCCUCCCUUCUGAUAUUAAACGGUUAAAUAUACCUAGAGAUACCUUAAUUCCGCUGACAAAACAGGACCAGAUGAAACUUGACAGUGUCCUGAAAAGACCUUAUGUUACUUGCCAACCAUUUUGGAGAAAAGAAAUGGAGAUAAUGGCAGACUCUAAACUGAAGGCAGAAAUUCAAGCUUUGACCUUCCUAUCAUCAGAUUAUCUUUCCAGAGUGUACCUACCCAAUAAAUUAAAAUUUGGAGGAUGGAUAUAAAAAUAUAUCAGAAUAUAUCUUGUGAUUGUAAGAGGUUUUUCAUUAGUUUUAUUUUUGGUAGUAGAUACCAUCUUGGAAAGAACAUAUAUUCUUAAUCCUGUAGAGGUAAAAUAAUUUUCCACUAGUUAUAUUUUUUGUCAAA